AUGAGCAGGAUGUUGGUUUUUAUCGAAGACCAGCAGCAGAGAGCUAUCAACAGUAUUCCUGCCUAUGUGGAAGCCGCGACAAACUUUUGGGUCAUGGCCCCAACGGCCGUCCACGUGGACACGAAAAAGGAGUGCAAUUUCACAACGUGGAAGGAGCGGGGCUGGUGCCGUGUGGAAGAUUGGGCGAACGAGUUCAGCUUCGAGGUGCGACGGCCACUGAUUGUGGAGAGCCCUGAAGACGUUUGGGUUGAGGACUUCGCCGACAAGUUCACCGCCCGUGCACAGCGACAGCAUGCCGCUUUAAAUGGUCAGUUUACGUGUUGCAGAUUGGGACAUUCAGUAAAUGGGAAAAUUUUCCCGUGCGACAGGGGCAGGGCGCGUGGUGUCGUGCAUCGUGCGUUCACGAACAAGGUCGAACACCUGAGGGAAAACCGUUCUCUAGACAUGGUGCACUAUACUUGGUUUCUUUGUCUCAAGCCAGCGCUGCUUGCGGAGACGGGAAGGUACGGUACAUUGGACGUUCCUCAAGAUGAUAGUGUGGCUUCAUUUCUGCACCGUUACGGCUUCCAUGAGGACAUCGAAGGUCUGGAUGUGCCAUUGCAGCCCGUGUUUUUCCCGUUGUUCUGCGCUGCAUGCGAGGGGAACAUGGCGAUUGUCAGGUCGCUGGUUGAAUCGCGCGCGGAGGUGCCACGACGACUUCUGCAAGUGGGCGUCUCCGUGUUGGAGGCCGUUUGUCUUUGCGGUCACGCCGAGAUUUGUGCAUAUCUGCUCGACCACGGUGCGGAAUUGAACAGCGCCUCGCAAUUAGAUGGCAUGUCCGCUGUGCACAAAGCUGCCUCAGGUGGAUCCCCCAGUGUGCUCCGCAUUCUGCUUGACAGGCGUGCCGACAUAAACGCUCGGAUGCUGGAUUCGAGGACGCCGCUCAUGUGUGCCGCGAACGCAGGGAACUGCGAUUGCGUCACCCUUCUGCUGGAAGAGGGAGCGGAUUGCGCCGCAACCGAUGACAAGGGGUACACUGCGAAGGUCUUGGCCGCGAUAGUCAGAGAGCACGGCGUACUGGCUUGCAUGAAGGGCAAAGCUGACUGCGAUAGUGUCACUCAUGAGGUGUAA